UUGCGAGUUUGCGCGAGUUGGGCAGGGCAGGCCGGGGCAGGGCAGGCGUGCUUGGUGUUGUUUUGCGAGGCGGGGCCGGGGAACCGGGGAACCGCGCCUUGGCAGUGGCCGUGGGCGCCGUGGGCGGGUUGCCGCGCUCAGGCCUUUGUUCGCCAUGAGUGCCAUCAAACACCGCGAGUACAUCUUGGAGGCAAUCGACCAGCUGCGCAGCCGGAAAGCGCGCCCUGACAGGGAGCGCAUCUGUAGCUUUGUGUCGAGGCGGUGCGGCGCGGACUCGCGCUCCACCAUCGCGGACCUGGAGCGGCUCGUGGACGAGCAGGACGUCAUCAAGGUGGAAUACAAGGGAAACUUCAGCUACCGCAACGCAGCCAAGUGGUCCAAGCUGCUGGUGCACAAGAGCCGCGUCGAGGUGGAGCUGAGCGACCUCAACAAGCUGGAGUCCUUGCAGGACGAGUCUGAGCGCAUGAGUUCCGUGCUGCGGUGCGCGAUCAUUGAACUAGUGAGCCGCGACGCGGACUACCUGGACCACGGCGUGCCCGUGUUCGAGCUCGAGCAGUACGUCAAGACCAAGGACAGCGAGUUCUUCUCGCGCAUCUCGUUCAACGUGCUGCUGAACCGCGAGGCCAAAUCUGGCACCGUUGUCAAACUCGAGAACGGCAACUACUUGCUGGGCCCGCGCGCCAGGGGCCGUGGUGGUGUCAGUGCCGGGUCGCGCGCCGCGUCAACAAUGUCUGGCUCCUGGUCAGGCUCCGGAUCGGGCAUGUCAGCCAGCGAGGCGGAGAUGUCCAACGAUGACCUCGACGACUCUGCGAUGCUCGACGAGGCCAACGGGGACGCCGUCAACGAAUCUCGCGUGAAAUCGCCGUCUUCGCCGCAACAGCCCCUGCCGCCACUGCCUCCACUGGUGCCGGCGCCGGCCGUGCUCAUGCAGAGGCGGAGUGUGGACGAGAAACGCGACGCCGACGGCGACGUCGAGAUGGCCCAGGAGCCGCCCCCUGCAGCGCAGCGCGACGAGGGCGACCAGGAUCACGACAUGGAGGAGGACGAGGACGACGCCGCGGCCGAGCCAGAGGUGGAGCCUGAACCGGACCCGGAGCCCCAACCUGAACCAGACCCGGAGCCCGACCCUGAGCCGGACCCGGCCAUGAACCACAAGGAACAGGAGCAGGAAGAGAGCACCGGGUACCGCAAGGGCGAACGCCGCAAGAGAGCAAAGAAGAAAGUAUUUGAUCCUUCUGACAAUAACCUGCCCAAGGCUAAGCGUCGUGGCCGACAGGCUGCUGCUGCUAUCGAAAAACCGUUGAAAGCAACUUUGGUUGUUAACCCUCCCACCGUAACGGCUUCUCCUGCCACACCACAUUUUGCCAACGGUUCUGGAAAUACCCGCACUGUUUUCAAUGGCAACAGAACUCCCAAUGGAUCUUCAGCACACAGAAAUGGAUCGUCAUUUCGGUCCAGCAAUGGUUCAGCUUCCUAUGAAAAUAAGGACGUCAAGGAUGUCAAACCACUUAUACCAUCUGGCAACAAGUUGAACUCCAUUGGCUCAGGUGCAGUACCUGUAUGUGUUAUUUGUAUCAACGCCAUAGUUGAUGGUAAAGCAAUACAGUGCAAAGAUUGUUCUCUAAAAGCCCAUUUCUCAUGUCUAAUAAAAGGGAACAGGGCAAGGUUCCGCCCCAACACCUGGCAGUGCAUGAACUGCAAAGGAUGCCAAAUUUGCUCUUUUACUGAGGAAGUUGGCACAAUAGUGGUUUGCACAGUAUGUGAUGAGGGGUAUCAUGUCAAAUGCCAUGUUCCAAAACCCAAAAUUCCUUGGAAAAAGUGGGUUUGUUUCCGCUGCUCACCCCCAGUUGAGCCAAAACCGCCGACCCCAGAUAAACCAUUAUCAUCUACAGCUCUCAGGCUUGGAGCUUAUAACGAAUUGACAGUUAGUGCAAUCAUGAAGACGCUACCUCAGUUGCUGAAACCGAAGAUAGAGGAAAUAGAAACAGAGAAUUCAAAGGUUGAUGAAACAAUUCCUGAUGCAUCGGAUUGGUCGACAGAUGAGGUUUACAAUUUCUUCAAUUCCAAAUUCCCUGAAUAUGCUGCAGUAUUUAAAGAUCAGGAUAUUGAUGGCCGCUCUCUUCUCCUUAUGACUAGAAGUGAUGUAGUGAAUGGACUUCAGUUGAAGAUGGGGCCGGCACUGAAAAUUUAUGGUCAUGUGAAAAAGCUGCAGCUUCGCCGAGGUAGCUCACAUGUUCUUUGGGAAUAAGACUUAUUAAGUAUCUUAACUUCAUCCAUUUUAUUAGGGCUCAAACAUUUUAUAAGUGUUACAUUUUUAACUUAUGAAAAAAUGUAAAAGCAAAAAAUUUUGCUGGUGUGUAGACGUCUGACGUCUUGUAAGAUAUUGGCCACAUUAGAAAUUCUUAUUUAUUUCCAGAAGUAUUUUUCCCAAUGUACAGUAACAAGUAGUAAUUGUAGUUGCCUGUCCUUGGGAGUGAAGGGGGAGAUUUUGGCUGUUUUUAUUUCUCUAGUGUUCUUUACUGGGCAUCUUGUCUGUCGGCCUAAUCAUGGGACUUUCAGCACCAUGAUGGUGGUUUGUUUGGUUUUUGUUCUUAGUUUUACUGACAGUAGUUUGCCUUUCAUAGCUGAUGCUGGCAUGAACACUAGUAAUGUAACCAUUGUAUACCAAAUAGAUUUAGUAAAAUAAGCAAUCAGUUGAAAAACCUGUUUUCAUGGUUACCAUUGCAGUCAAACACAAUUAUUCUCUGUGAUUCACGAGCGAUAGAAAUUCUUUCAAUUCAAAAUCAAUAUCUUUCUCCUUUAAUUUCAGGCAAGAUAGAUUAAGAUUGGACUGAUUGCUGAAUUAUGCGUUACAAUUUGAUUGUAUUGUUAUGAAGAGAUGAUAUGCACUCUUCCUUUUCACCAUGGCAUUUAAUGCCACUUGGAGGUUGUUAUUUUUAUUUCAAUAGGGUAACAUUGCUUUGGUUUCUCCUUGUCUGUUUUUUUUUAUUAUUAUUAUGUAACAUAAAGUACUAUAUUUUUACUAUACAUUAUUUUCAUUGAAGUAAAAAUAUAGUAUUGUUUGUUGCGCCACAUGACAAGUAUGCCAAUUGCUUUGGUUUUCUCCUACCAGAGACUGUUUCAGAUGUACAUGUUAUUUUGGGGUUUGUUAAAUUUUACCCUCCUACAAGGAUUUAUAGGUGGUAUUGUUUCAUUUUUUUUCCUCUGUUUUAUAGCAGUACAUUUGUAGAAUGUUGGGUACUUCAAAAUGUAUUCACUCAUUCAUGAAGACUGUGAUCCUAAUAUAGGUUUUGUUUAGUUUAAUACUAUUUUCACCAUGAGACCUGUUGUUUGCUGAGGUGCCUUCUUUGCUUUCCUUUUUUUAAUUGUUACUUUCAAGAUCGAAAAUUUGGUGAAUAAAGUAUCUUUUUUUCAUCUUGAAUAAGGUAUGCUGGUAGAUUCUUUUAAGACUGAAUCCAUGACAUUCUUCAAGUCGUGAAGUUGUAUAUUGUGUGAAAAUAGUGACGAGUCUCACAUAUUUCUUCUACUCUUGAAGUUGUAAGGGUAAGCCUUGCUGUAAGAUCUUCCAUAAUCAUGUUGUAAGUAAAUCUUGUCUAAGAUAUUUUUUCUAAAGACACCAUUCUGAAUGUAAAUGAAACUCUUGCUGACAAGAACAAAAUAAAGAAUCAACUAAGCCUUUUAA